UUCUUAUGGGUGUUGGUGGUUUCACUCUGGCUUUACGCCGUUUGCGUAUCCUGUCAGAUGUGUACUGCCACUGCCGUGUGACAGACGACAGUUUACAUUACCUUCAGCUGCUAACUGAGUGACUGAACCAUUUGUGCCACAAAAUGUUUCUAGCCAAGAAACUUCUUGGAGGCAUUAUUGAUGUGGUCAGCAAUAUUGACCCUGGCCAGUUUGUGCCUUCAGAUCCUCCCCCACCCCGCAGACCACUGGCUUAUGCUGAGGCCAAUGAGUCUGAAGAGGAGAAGCAGUUCCGCAGAGUGUUCCAGCAGCUCGCAGGAGAUGACAUGGAAGUAAGUCCCACUGAACUGAUGAAUAUCCUCAACAAAAUCAUUUCCAAACAUGGUGAUCUGAAGACAGAUGGCUUUACCAUCGAGUCAUGUAGAAGUAUGGUGGCUGUCAUGGAUAGUGACAGCACGGGUAAACUGGGCUUCCAUGAGUUUAAACACCUCUGGAACAACAUCAAGAAAUGGCAGGGAGUUUAUAAGAGUUAUGACAGGGAUCAAUCAGGAACUAUUGGAGCAGAUGAGCUUCCAGCUGCCUUCAGAGCUGCAGGUUUCCCUUUGAAUGAUCAGCUCUUUCAGAUGAUUAUUCGCCGGUAUAGCGAUGAGAGUGGAAACAUGGACUUUGACAAUUACAUUGGUUGCCUUGUGAGACUUGAUGCCAUGUGCCGUGCCUUCAAGACUCUUGACAAAGACAAUGAUGGCACAAUCAAGGUCAAUGUUCAGGAGUGGUUGCAGCUGACAAUGUACUCUUAAGCGAUGUGAAGGCCUGCAGUCAGUUCAUUGCUUAUACGCAAUCAUUACUUUAUGCUUUACACCGCUCUCGCUCUCUUGUUUCUCACACAGUAUAGCACUAACUCCAGAGAAACACCAGCAUGCAGCUGGUCAGCCACUGGGGUUUUGUGGGUCACUUAUGCAUUUUCUUCUCUUAUGUUUUACUUUUACAUUUUUUUUAAGUGCGUUUAGCCCAUUGGUAGCAUUGCUCAUCAGAAAACUAGCCAAAGAAAGAAAAUUAACAAAUAUGCUCUAAUGAAGAGUCUAGGCGCAGUAAAAUAUGCAAACCUGUAUUACAUACUCAUGCCAGUUGGUGCCAUUUGUGCAUGAAGCCAGUGGGGUAAAAAAAUAAAUGUCCAUAAAUUCAUCAUGGAAAUCUGGUGUCAAAUGCAAUUUUAUAUUAAAUAAAAAGUAUAAAGUGAUAAA